AUGCGCGGAAUACUCUCCCCCUCACAUAGAACAUCCGCAACAGGAGUUCUACAGAGCAGCCAGCUCACUAUACACUGUUCAGGCAUUCGCAAAAAGCACAAAAGUCCAGCCAAAGCCAAGAUGAUAUCCCUGGAGCUUCUGAUGGCUUUCAUCCGCGACUAUAUCAUCGACCACUCUGCCGCGGUCUCUGAGAACCAGCACCGUGAACAAGAGCAGACUCUCACACCCAACCCCACACAGAAUGCUACUGCCACUGCCGCAACCACUAUCGUAACUACUGUUGCAACCACCGAAUAUGAACCCUCCGAAUCAGCUGUGAACAAAAGAAAGACACACCCAAUAGCCUCACCCCUGACGGCCGCGCAGCAAAAGAGCCUGAAACAAGACCUCCGACUCGAAGCCAAACGGCGCAAAGUCGCCAACCACAAAAUCUACCAUCACGAGCUCGAGAAUGGUUUCUACGGCGACCUCAUCUCCCUGCAUUACGAAGACGCAAUCGCAACUGCGCAGCACGCACACACCCUCCCCCUAACUGAGGGCAAGUAUCAUUUCCACAAUUUCUGGGUCGACGCAAGCGGGUGCCAGGGCUCUGCCGGCGCGGCAAUUGCAUACAAGGAUCCCCAGGACGGAGAGGAGUGGAUGGACUUGGGAUAUGCGAUCGCAGACCUUAAGGGUGAGAAGCGGGUGGAGAUGUCGGAGCUGUUUGCUAUUGGGGCUGCGUUGAAGCUUGCGCUGGCACGGAUCGGGAAGAGGAUUGCUGUUGCGGAGGGUAUGGAGGAGCAUGCUGUUACUGUGUUUUCGGAUUCAAUGUCUGCGCUGGGCAUGAUUCGGCGGUGGGCGAAUUGGUGGUCCCAGGGUGAGGCUGAUAGGUCGGCGUUUGGGGAGAUUGCGAAAGAUGUUUGUGGGCUUUCGAGGCAGCUGUUUGACUUGGGGGUUAAGGUGAGGGUUUAUUGGGUGCCGGCGCACUGUGGAGUUUGUAUUGCUGGGCAUAAGAGGGCUGAUGUGCUGUCUAAGGCGGCGGCGAGACAUGUUAAACUGCUCGAGCAGCGGGAUGCGAUGUUUAGUGCUGAUGGGGUUGUUCAGUUGGUUGAUUCGGGGUUCUUGAAAACUCUUCACCUGCUUGCUGAUGAGUGA